GCUUCGUCAGCCCUUUGCCCUCUUAGUUCGGCCAGGGUGCGGUGGCUGUGGCGCACCCGGCUCCUGAAUUUUGCACGAGGGGGGGUCGGACAGAGGGCCUGUGGUCACUGAGGUGUCACCAUGGACUCCAACCACAUUAACUGCAGGAUAGAGGGGUUUAGGAGAUGGCACGAGACCGACCGCGCACUUGCCGCAGCCUUGGUGAGGCGGUUCCACGAGGCCUUAAACAGGGAGGGGGUGAUGGGCGGCCGCCCAAGCUGGGCUGGCCGGCAGCAGGAGGAGGCGGAGGCGUUAGAGGUGGAGGUCGAGGCUAUGGCCUUGGCCAGGGCCUCGGGCAGCCCCAGUGAGGCACAGGAGCAGAGUGAGCUCGGGGCUCAGGCAGCAGCAGCACAAGGAGCAGGAGCAGCAGCAGCAGCCGAGGCAGCAGCAGGAGGAGCAGCAGCCGAGGGAGCAGCAGCACAGGCCGCGGCUGAGGCACGGGCCUUGGCCGACAGCAGCGCCCUGGAGGACGACCAGAUGGAGCUGGAGGAUGAAGGCGACGCCAUGGAGGAGGAGGAAGCCGGCGACGCUGCUGCCGCGGCUGCGGCUGCCGCCUCCUCAGCCUUUGCCUGCGACCGCGGGCUCGAAGCCAUAGUCGACGACCAGGGUUUCCAGGAGGGGGAGGAGGAGAUCGGCCUUGAGGAGGAGGGUGAGCGGGUGGCCGGGGCGGCAGCCUCGGGCCCCUUCCACCGCCCGCAGCUGCCCUUGGAGGGGGCGUUUGGAGUCGGCGGGAGCGCCUGUGGAAAUGGGGGAGGAGGAGAUGGCGGCUCCGGUCCCGGUCCCAGCUCGUCGCUUUUCUCUAUCGGGGUUGGGCCCGGGGUCCCUUCUCCCGCAGGGGCAGCAGGCUGGCUGGCCCCCGGGGGGGCGGGGGCUCCCUACGCCGGGCCCCGGGGAAGCCACUGGAAGCGAGGUGUCAAGAGGCCUCGUGAGGAGCAGAGCCGGGGCUUCGCCAACGGCUUGGAAGGCAACCAGUCCGAGCCGGCACAGGCUGCGGGGACCGCCGCCGCUCCCCCCCAGCAGCUGGCCCAGGGCCCCGCGCUGUCCCCACCGGGCCCGGCGGUGGCGCCUCAGGAGCAGCCCCUGGAGCCCUCGGCUUUCGGGCUGGGGAGGAGAAUGCGCCUGGUGCUGCUGGGCAACCGGGGCCCCAACUAGAAGCAACAGACAAGCGGAGAAGGAUCAGGACAGGAUAACAUGUGAAGAAAGAUGACAGCAGAAAGGUCUCAAAAGAAGAUCUGCUUCUUCCAAGGCUCUGCCAUACUAUACUGUUGCUUACUACAAAAGAAUAUUUAAAGAACAAAUAAAAUUUGAAGGCAAAAUACUA